UUAGAUGCCACCCUGACACCUUGGCUCCUGGCAUCGCCAUGGGUGUGGUGUUCUCGUUGGUGGAGCUGUCGUUCGGAGUGACAGGUAGCUUGGUGAGUCUUGGUAGUGCCAUAUGCGGCCUGCAUGCCAUUGCUUCAGGCUCAGCGGUGUUCUUCGUUGCAGGUCUUAGAGAGGUGCAUGACCUGCAGGAGUCGCUGGGGAAGCUUUCUGCUGACUUUACCAGCCGCAUGAGGUCUGCGAAGGAGUCUCCGCAGAAGGCGGCAUCAGUGGCAUUGCUUGCGCCCUUGGCCAUGUUGCUGUGGAUGAUUUCUGUGCAGUGCCUUCUGGCCUGGAGGGUGGUGAAUGUACCGCAAACCGGCAAGAUCGCUUUACCACUUCUGGCACUCUGCCUGGCUUUGCUGGUUGUAGCUCCACGUUUCUGGUGGUACCUGAUGACUGCCACUGGAUGUCUGGCCCCACCCAUCACCUGGCUGACGGCGGAAUUCUCAGAACGCCCCCCGCAGACGACUUCAGAAACACAGCAGGUUGGCGAGGCCACGGCCGACAAGGACGAGCCUACGAUGGACGAUUGAUACACCUGGCGUAGAAAAGAUGGCGAGUGACUCAGGGCUGGUGAAUCGAGAUCAUGUUCC